CCGUCACCAUUUUCUAGCCGCUGGGCUUUGAUUUCGGGUGAAUUGAUGGUUAACGUUUAUAUGGAUAGGGGCGAAAAUCGAUGCUUCUUCGAUCUCGUCAAACAUGCAACCUCAUUCAUCAGAAAGCAGCUCAAGCUGGAUUGGAACAGUGAUCACACAGAUUAAGUGCAAUCGAUCACGAUAACUUAAAUUUACUGCAGGAUGGUUUCAUGAUUUUAAUAUGGUCUGGACUUGGCUCACGUCUUCGAAUAACGGUUUUUUUUUUAAAGGCCUACUCGUUUGUUUACCCGGAUCAUUCAAGCAGCGGAAGAUGGACAUUGGGGCUCGAGUCGAAAUGUGGUGGCCUGUUAGGUUCCUCGGCGGCCGCGGCAUAUCCAGCUUGUUUUAAACCCGCGAGAGCGAGAACCAAACCGAGAGCGCAUCGGAACGUUCCUCGAGUUAAUCCCAUUGUUUUGAUUUUCUCUUGUAUUGCUUUGGCCUCUUCCCUGCUCUCUUGCUCGCUCGAUCGGAGAACGGAGGAAGCCCAGAGGAUGGAGUCCGUCGCGGAGAAGGAAAGAGCCGACGGAACAUGUGGAGGCCCGGUGGCGGAGAGCCUGCUUUCGUUGCCGCCGACGCUCACCCAAUCGCGCCGCCUUCACAAUUUCUCUUUCCCGACUCUCAGCUGGGGAGGCCAGCGUGUUCUCCGCUGUUUAAAACUCUCCGAUGGCGUGGGAUCCGCGGUAAGUGUGCCGGAUGAUCAGAACAGGAGGAACAACCCGACAAAAUUUCCCCCCGCGAAAGGGUCACCGGGCGUGCUGGAGCGGAGGGAGGGGGAGGCGAGAGGAAGGGAAUCGGAGAGAAAUCAUGCCACCGCCCCGAUUUCUGAGGCUGAUAGACCCUGGAACUUGAGAACGAGAAGGGCGGCCUGUAAUGCCCCAGUGGAGACUCGGAACGGGAACCAUGUCUCGCCUAGUCUCGGGGCUGCGGCGAUUGAGAAAGUCAAUUUCUCCGUCAAGACGUUGAGGAUGGGAUCAAACGAGUUGGAGAAAGGAGAGAUGAUAAAGUUCUCCGUCUCUCUGUCUCGGAGGGAGAUAGAGGAGGAUUUUUUUGCCAUCAAAGGGACGAAGCCCCCUCGACGACCAAAGAAAAGGGCUAAGAUCAUUCAGCGCGAACUUGAUGCACUAUUUCCGGGUUUGUGGUUGUCGGAAAUAACACCUGACAGCUACAAAAUUGAUGAAAAGAAAUUGGAUAAUUUGGCGAACUAAAGUUCUCUUCUUUGGAAAAGAUUGCUCAGUUGCUGCGUGUCUUUCAAUUAGUCAUAGUUUACAUUCUUAUGUAGAAUACCAUGUUCUUAUGCAGAAUGCCUGUUAAUCCAUCAAAUAUAUGGUUAACUAAAAUAAAUGUGACAUUUUGCUGCUUCUUUAAAUGAUGGUUGGUUUCAUUUCUUUUUUGAACUUCUUUAAAUACAUGAAAAUAGUUUG